CCUUCUUUUCCAAUGAGUGUAGGUACCUAGGCUGGAACGCAAAGCAGCAUGGCUAGCCUGCAGGUCCCGCUCCUGGCUGCCCUCAUCCUCCUUGCUGUGGCACCUCAAACCACUGAGGCAGGCCCCUACGGAGCCAACGUGGAGGACAGCGUCUGCUGCCGGGAUUACAUCCGUUACCCGCUGCCCUGGCGUGUGGUGAAAUAUUACUACUGGACUUCGAACUCUUGCCGGAGGCCUGGCAUAGUCUUGCUAACCGGUAGAGGCCGGAAGAUCUGCGCUGACCCCCAAAUCCCCUGGGUGAAGAAGAUUCUCCAGAAGCUGGACAAGUGAGGAAGCAUCCUGCCCUGAUGCCUGCAGCCUUGGCUCCUCCAGGAAGGCUCACAAAGACUUACCCCUCUGCCAUACAGCUGCUCCCCAACACAAGCCCGCAAUCCCUGCUCUGCAUCCCUGUCACCCUCCACACAGUCACUCUCAUCUUCCCUCUUGCCCCUCCAACCCAUCCUCUGCCCCAUUGUACCCAGAGGGCCCACAAUCCUGGUCAGUCACUCCCUUGCUCAAAACCCUUCUAUGAUUCUCCAUUGGCCUAGGCUGAGGUCUGAGCUCCUGAGCCUGGAACCCCUGCCCCCCAGAUCCGGGGCCCAAUCCCUGUCUCCAGCCCUGGCUCAUUUUCCUUCUUGCAUGUUGGACUCCAGCUCACUGUUCUCCUAAACCAUGCCAUAUAUUUCCAUUGCUGGGUCUUUACCUGGGCUGCUCCUGAUACCUAGAAUGUCUCCCCAUCACCUGCGUAUGCUCAAUGCCACCAGCCCUCCAAGGCAUUGCUCAGUGUAAGCAGUCAGGAAUUGAGUUUCGUUUUUUUAGACUUCCCCUAGCCUUCUGUCCCCUAUUAAUAGCUCUGAUCACAGUCUGCUCAGAAUUCUCGAGACUUGAGGGCUUGUCCUCCAGCCUCUCUGGCAGGACCAAGGUCUGUACCUGAGUUACUUUUGUCUUCUGGCCUCCAAUACAGAGCACAGAGCCUGGCUCGGAAUCAAGGCUCGGCAAGUAGCUGCAGACAGAAUCUAUAAAAGGAGUGUUCCUCUCCCACCUCCUAAAGGCCCCCACACAUCAAUACAGACACUCAGGUCAUCUAGAGAGAAGCCAGCUGCGUCAAUUUUGCCUCAAAUUGUGAGCCUCAAAUUUGCCCAGAUUCACCUUUCUUCCCCUUUUUACCUAUAUAUCGAGUCUCUUUACCCUUCUUGCUUCCCUUUGGUUUUACUAUUCAUCUCACUUCCAACCCCUGACAUCUCCAGAGUCCCCCACUUUCCCUUCCCUCUUCUCCAAAUAGCUGAUGACCAAAUUCAUGCUAUGGUGUGAAUGACUACCCUUCGCUUGGUAGUAGAACCUCUAAUUACAUUUGUAUACGAAAAGAGGGCAAAUGCUUGAGAGGCCAUGUGGAUGAAUGGAAGAAUUUUAGAAACUGUGUAGGAGUGGGACAAGACGGUGCUGCUCUGGCCCUGGGAGUGUGUGAGGGAUACUGUUAGGUGAAAGAGCCUUGGGUGGACGUUGUUCUUGGGUGGCUGAAGCCAAGCUAGGAAUUGGGAUUUGAGACUUAUCCUCCCCUCUUUGGUGACAAUAGUUUCCCCGGGUAAAGGAAAUAAGCUCGUUCCUUUCUGAGGGAGCCUGGUGCGGCUCAGUGGAGUGCUGAUUGCUGUGUGACGCUGAGGAGACCAUCCAACCUCUCUGAGCCUCACCUGAGACUGAGAGAAACCACUUUAUGGGGUUGCUGCGGGGCUCAGGUCCAAGGCAUGGGGGAUGACUUUGCUGGACAUAAACUCAGUGUCUUCCAGGGUCAUCCACCCUCCAGGGACACCGGAAGUGUUCACCUGCCUGCUGCCUACACACAGAGCCCUCAAAUGUCCCGGGAUCCCCUCCCUCUCCUGUCUUGCCUUUGCUUCUCAGGCCUUCUAGAAAAUAAAUUUUAUGCA